AGACAUACAUUCCAAGGAGUUCAAAUGUAGCGGAGGCAUUGGACACACAAAACUUUGCUAUCAUGGCAGGUGGAGGGGAAGAAGUGAAAAGCAACUUGACAAAGUUUAGUAAAGAUGAUUUUGAAAAUGAAUGGAGCGCUGUGGCUUUAGGUGGAUUUGGGCAAGUGUUCAAAGUGAGACACAAGAAGUGGUGGACCGUCUACGCUGUGAAAUGCGCAACGUCUGCACUAGUGGAUUCUGAUCUUGAAAGCAAGGAAACAUAUAACACCUUAAUUGAGGAAGCAUCCAAGAUGGAGAAGAUAAAGUUCCGAUAUAUUGUCCAGAUCUAUGGAAUUUGCACCAAUCCUCUGGGGAUUGUAAUGGAAUACAUGGAAAAUGGUUCUCUAGAGAAACUAUUGCCCACUCAUGUCCUUAGCUGGCAAUUAAAGUUUCGAUUUAUCCACGAGAUAGCUCUUGGGAUGAACUUUCUUCACAUCAUGAAACCUCCUCUUCUUCAUCUGGACCUAAAGCCUGGAAAUAUUCUUCUGGAUGAACAUCUCCAUGUGAAGAUUUCAGACUUUGGUCUCUCACAAUGGAAAGAAAAUUCCACUCAUCAAGAAUAUAUUGAGAAAUCAGCCAUUAAAGGAACCCUUAACUACAUUCCUCCUGAAAUAUUCUUGCAAAGCUGUCGUGUUCCAGGGAUCAAAUAUGAUGUUUACAGUUAUUCCAUUGUUAUCUGGGAACUACUCACGCAGAAGAAACCUUAUGCAGGUGCUAACAUGAUGGCUGUAAUUAUUAAGGUUUCGCGUGGAGAUCGACCUCCCCUAGAGGACAUUUCUGAGGACCAUCCAGUGGAAUGUCAGCAGAUGAUCGAUUUGAUGCAGAGAUGCUGGAAUCAAAACCCCAGUAAAAGGCCAGGUUUUUCAGAUAUAGUUGUUGAGUCACACAUGUUACUGUGCUUAGUGCAAAUCCCUUUACCAGAGUCUGAAGCAAAUUCGUGUAAAGCCCAACAAGAUCAUCGCAAGUCUUCUGCUGUUAUAGUGGAUACUAGUGUAAGGCCAGGGAGCCAGAGUUCAGAAUAGUUGAAUAAUUCGACGAGCAUUUUCUUGGGCAAUUAUGAAGACAUCUCCUGGGUAGACGAAAAUUAUUUUACCCUGCUUCACAUUGCGGUUGACCAAGGAAAUCUUUACCAUGUGAAUCGUUUUCUGGGCCUGAAGGCAAAUGUAAAUAGCAGAACAAUCAGUGGCUAUACCCCUCUCAUUCUAGCUGUACAGAAAAGGUUGCCAGACAUAUGUGCCACUUUGAUUGCGAAUGGAGCAGAUGUAAACAUAACUGAUGAAGACAAAUGGUCUCCACUUCAUUUUGCAGCUCAGUAUGGAGAUGACAGGAUUGCUAGGUUACUCCUGGACCACUCAGCUAAUGUAGAUGCAAAGGAGCGUGAUGGCUGGACGCCUCUGCACCUAGCUUGCCAGAAUGGUUUUGAGAAUGUUGCUCGUGUUCUCUUUACACGGCACUGCAACCCAAAUAGUCAGGAGGUGGAUGAAAAAACAGCACUCCAUGUUGCUUCCUUUUUUGGCCACUACAAAAUUGUAAAACUCCUAGUAAGCCAAGGAGCUGAUCCCAAUAUGGUGCAGAAGAAUCAGAGGACUGCUCUACAUAUUGCUGCUGACCGAGGCUACUUUCGGGUAGUACAACAUCUCAUACAAAGAGGAGCUGAUGUGAACUGUUGUGAUCAGAGCAAUUACAGCCCUUUGCACAUGGCAGCUGUGAAGGGGAACAAUCUGAUCUGCAAACAGCUACUAAAAAAUGGAGCACAGGUCAAUAUGAAGACCAACCAAGGCUGGACACCUCUGCAUUUUGCCACAUUUAAAGGGCACCUUACCAUUAUCAAAUUACUAAAUGAAAAUGAUGCCCAAAUGGAUGCUGAAGGAGAUAUGAAAUGGACACCCCUCCACUUAGCUGUGCGCUACUGUGAGGAUUGUGUUAUUUCCCAACUCCUAAAUUUGGGUGCUAAUCCCAGUCUCCCUGAGAUGUCUGGCUGGACACCAUUGCAUCUUGCUGUCCAAAGAGGAGCCUUUUGCAGUGUAAUCAACCUUAUUGAACACAAAGCAAAUGUCAAUGCACAAAAUAAUUUUGGCUGGACUCCUUUACAUGUGGCUGUCUUAAAUACCAAUUUUGCUAUAAUAAAGACUCUUCUUCUGGCUAAUGCAAAAUUAAAUAUAGAGGACAUUAGUGGAUGCACACCCUUGCAGCUAGCAAUAAGGAACAGAAAACAUGACAUUGUUGCUUUGUUAGAAGGUAAGGACAAUGUUUCUAGCAGUUCAGAGGAUGGAAGUGAAGACUUGGGACCCUACCUGAAUUUUUACAAAGAAACGGAGUCUAGAUGAUAUGCUAAAUGCUAAAUGAUAAGAUUUUGCAUGCAAUUUAGCCUUUUGAUUUAUGUUGUAUACAAAGACUUCAGUUCUGCCAUCUAUUGUGCUGUAUGCUGCCAGAUGUAUUAUAAACAUGACUGCAACUUAGUUGAGAUGACAUUGUUUCCGCGCAUAAUAACCACUGUUGAGUGUGAUGUAUUUAAAAUAGAUUAAGUAUUGCUGGACAGUGCCUUUGAGACAUUUAUAAAUAUGCAACUGAACAAUAUUAAAAUUUUCUUUAUACUGAGUGGCUUUAUGUAUUUCCAAAAUACUUUCUUAAAAUUGAAGUUGCAAAAGUAAAAAGACAUUAAACAAUAUUGUACAUAACCUGGGCUAGAACUGAUUCAGUAAUUAUGACCGAAGGUACUGAUACUUCAGGAUGUCUUACACACUGGUUUUAAAUUCCACUAUUCAAUGUAGAUAUGUAAGAUUUCAUUAAAUGAUUCUAAUAUCUUGAUAAACUCUGUGUAGUUCACGUUGAAAUGUAAACUCCCAUGAGUCAUUGCUAGACUAGCAAUCUACCUUCAGAGCUUCUGCAUGGUCUGUGCAGGAAAAGGUUGAUUUCUACAUCCACAUUUUUGCAUAUAUCAUUAUUAUGUUUAAUAUAUAAAUCAGAAGACUGCAUAGAACUAUUACAAUGAGGGUGGAAUAUCAAAUUAAUAAGUUGACCAAACAUAAAACAUGCUAGUACAGAGAAGAAGAGCUUGGCUCUCGCAGUCUAUUUGUGGAAGUGCAAUCGGAGACCUGGUUCACAGAGAAGUGGACAAACAAUGAAGAGACGGUGAGAAGCAGAUGAAGAAA